AUCCAUCAGGACGUAAUAUUGGUGACAAACUAUAAUCUAUAAGCUAGUGGGGCAUUUUGGGAAAUCUAUAUGAUAGAGCUUCCGACCAUUCUAAGAAGACUGCGUUGUUCUACUCUCAUGAACCUGAAUGCUGCUGCCAAAAACCUGAUACGUCUCUCGCGGGCACAAAGAAAAGCAAACAUCCCUCUGAAGGAAGAAGGAUGGGUGUGUGAGAUGGAAAAGAAGGGCCAGUUCGCCAUGAGGCCAUGGGGGCUCAGAAGCCGAUUCAACUCCGUCCUGGCUCUCUUCUUGGCACUUAUCAUCGUCCUUGCCGUCUUCCUCACCACGAAGGAUGACGGCCGGCCUGAUAUCCCGAUGCCUGUAUUCGAGAGCUCAGCUGUGACCUGUGACUUGUUCUCAGGCCGAUGGGUUUACGACAACUCGACCUACCCCUUGUACUUGGAGAAGGGGUGCAAGUUCAUGUCUGACCAAUCGGCAUGCGAGAAGUUCGGAAGGACAAAUCUAAAGUAUCAAAAUUGGAGGUGGCAGCCCCACGGAUGCGACCUUCCAAGGUUCAAUGCCACAAGACUACUGGAGAGGCUGAGGGACAAAAGAAUGGCCUUUGUUGGGGACUCCCUGAAUAGAAAUCAAUGGAUUUCCAUGAUCUGCCUCCUGGGCGCUUCCAUACCUGACCCCUCCAAGACCAUGGAAACCAAUGGAUCUCGCAUGUCCUUCAGAGUCAAGGAAUUCAAUGCAACAGUUGAUUUCUACUGGUCUCCAUUACUGGUGGAAUCGAACUCCGACGAUCCAGUGCACCACCAGAUACCGGACAGGACCGUAAGGGCACAGUCCAUUGAGAAGCAUGCAAGGCACUGGACUGAUGCUGAUAUACUGGUCUUCAACUCCUAUCUGUGGAGGAGGGACACCAUGAGGGUGUUGUGGGGAUCAUUUGAGGACAAAGAUGGGAUCUAUAAAGAGAUCGAGGCUCACCGUGCCUACGAGCUGGCUCUGAAGACAUGGUCUGAAUGGCUUGAAUUCCAUGUCGACCAUCGGAGGACCCAGAUGUUCUUCAUGAGCAUGUCGCCCACGCAUUUUUGGGGCGAGGAAUGGGGCAUACCCAGCGAUCAGAACUGCUACAACGAGACCGAGCCAAUCACCAAAGAUGGGUACUGGGGCAGAGGAUCAGAUGGUGAAAUAAUGAGAAUAGCUGAGGCAACAAUAGAGGGGCUCCGAGAUAGAGGUGUAAGUGUACAAAUACUCAACAUUACUCAACUGUCGGAGUAUAGGAAAGAUGGCCACCCAUCGAUCUACAGGAAGCAUUGGGAGCCAUUAACCAAAGAGCAGCUUGAGAACCCCACUAGCUUUGCUGACUGCAUACACUGGUGCCUCCCCGGAGUGCCUGAUGUCUGGAAUGAGCUGCUAUAUGCCUACAUCUUUUCCAGAUAACAAAAUAAAUGUUUUUUUUUUCCAAGAUAUAUUCAGAUGAAAUGAUUCUUUUGGAAAUCACAUCAUCCAGAUGAUGAAAAGACUUCUGGUCUCUUUAAAAUGAACAUUUCCGUUGAAAGAUUUUUUUAAUAAGAAGAAGAAGAUACUAAGCCCAAGGCCAUGGUUCACUGGAAACUGUGCUUCUUAUUCCACUUUUGUUCAUAAUCUAAUCCAGCAAAUUGUCAGAGGAGGAGGGCGACGAAGAAGACGAUGCUAGGCCAAGGCACUGAAACCUAUGCUCCUUAUCCUAUUUUUGUUGAUAAUCUAUCCAAUCCAGCAAAUUGUGGGAAGAAGAAAAAGAAAUUUUGGGGUUCUUAUUGUCCCUGGCAUCACACGGUAAUAUGAUACUGAGCAUUUAGUUUUCAUCAAAAAACAGGAAGAAGAAUAAGAAAGAGCAAGAAGACACUAACCAUUUAGAUCACAGUAACACAAGAAUGCAAAUCUAAUUUUCCUGCCUGAUCAAUUUCGAUAAAUUGACCGAACCCCUUCAUGAACUAAUGUAAAAACAUUACAGGUCAAGUUCUGCAUACCAGAACUCAUUCUCGAACCCAAAUAACCAAGAGGGUUGUCCACCUGUAUCAAGUGGUUUCGAUAUUUGACAACUUCUGCUUAACAACUACUUCUGGAUAUCUUACCUACAUCUUGCAAGUAAUUUGCAGCUCUUUGCAUGAUUAUUAAUCCAUCCUGCUUCUUGAAUUUCAUGUCAACUACUUCAAGAUUAAUCAGGCAAGGAGAAAUUAUUGGAUGGUUAAGAAAAAUAAUUAACUAGGACAUAUUAGUCGCUGAAUAAAAUCUUAUAUGGACUUUUGUGGCGAAUUUGGCGAUAGUUCUGGUUUGAAAAUCCAUUCUACAGAUUACCAUGGUAGCUUGUAGUCAAAUUCUCCAAUAACCAUUGUGUAGUAGAGCUUCAGAGAAGUCAUGUUGAAAUUUUUAUCAAAGUUACAAGUAUGACUGUUGAUUUGGAACCCUUUUUCAGUGUCAAUCUUAAAAUAGUACAAAAUAAGACAUAAGAUAUAUUGCUUCCUUAUCACUUAUGUAUCCAGUACAUCAAGUUCUAUACAUGUACAAAGAAGAGAGAAUUUGCAGUAGAACCCAAAUAAAUUCCCCAUUUGCUUCCAUAUCUGAUUUCAAGUUUCAUUUGGAAGUAUGUAUACACUGUGUGAGUUUAUGUCUUCAUAUAUGAAAUGAGAAUUCAUGAUUAACUUCCCCCUGCAGCUUUAUGUCCAUGUUUU